AUGGCACCCAGUGCAGACAUAUCACAGAAAGAGGACAACGGUCUCUCAGCACCAAAACCGGCUCCUGGUCUCUUCACCAUCGAGUCCAUUCCGGACAAGGGAAAGGGAGUUAUCGCAGCUCAAGACAUCACUCCGGGGACUUUACUCAUAAGCGAGCCCCCUUUGCUCACCACCGCAGUCAUAACAUCCAUCCCCACCACCGAAGCUGAUCUCGCACGUGCCCUCAAAGCUUCAUCCAAAGGAAUACAACGUGCGUUCCUCUCGCUUCACAACAACUAUGUCGGUCAAGGAACACCUCUGACAAAUAUCAUCCGCUCAAAUGGAUAUCCCUUAGGAGCAUCGAGUGAUGUCGGUGGAGUUUUCGAGUUAACCAGUCGAAUCAAUCAUUCAUGUCAACCAAAUGCCUAUCACGGCUGGAACCCACUUUUGGAAGAGCACACCGUCUAUGCCAUCCGACAAAUUUCCGCCGGGGAAGAAAUCACUCUCGCUUACCACUACGGAGGCCCGUCCGAGUACCGCAAGGAAAUCUUAAAAGAGCGAUUCGGCUUCGACUGCACCUGCAGUAUCUGCACCCUCCCGCCAUCUGAACAAAAAGCCAGCGAUGACCGACACGUCCUCGCUCAAACCCUGGAUGCCCAAAUCGGAGACGCCAAAACCGUCCGUUUCAACCCCACAAAGGUGCUGCAACACUGCAAAGCACUGAUGCGGAUUUAUGAAGAGGAGGACUUCAAGGAUGAUCGGUUGGCGAGGUUGUGCUAUGAUGUCUUUCAGGUGUGCAAUAUGCAUUCGGAUCGUGCGCGGGCGGCGUAUUGGGCGAAGAAGUAUUGUGAUGCGAAGAAGAGGACGGGGGGGAAGGAUUCGGUGGCGUUUUUGGAGAUGAAGCCUUUUGUUAAGAAGCCUGAGAGACAUGAUUGUUUUGGGGUUACGAGUGAUUGGAAGUCGGAUUUGAAGGAGAUUCCUAAGGAGAGAUCGGGGGAGGUGUGGGAGAAGUGGCUUUGGAGGGAGUAA